AUGGUUCUUCGAGUUUCAAAUCCAAAUAAUGUAAAAAUCUAUACAGUUUCCGGCUCGGGAACUUGCUCAAUACCCGAUUGGUUAGCAAGACAGAGAAAGCGAGUCUUAAAAGAUGAUCCAGAGUGGCAAUCAAGAGUCGAGCUUAUUCAAGAUUUUGAAUUCCCAGAAGCCUCAAUUCGAAUCAAGACAACAAAAGAUGGAAGAUUUGUUAUGGCUACUGGUAAACUCGAUCAACUAACCAAUCAUUAUAGUAAUUCAUUAGCAUGA